AUGGAAGAAGAGAAAGGGCAGUACACUGUCAAUAGUUGUUAUAAGAAGCUUAUUGGAGAUAUGCAUGGAGUCCAAAUGCCAAGCUGGACUAAAAUUUGGAAACUGCAGUUGCCACCGAAAAUUAAAGUCUUUUUCUGGCAGAUCUGGGAAGCUAGGAAUGAGAAAAUUUGGAACAAUGUUAUUUUAUCUACUCAUGCUAUUGUUUCAGGAGCCCAAUCUUUCAUACUAGAGUGGCAACUGGCAAACCAUUCUACUGUCCAGCCUACGUCGAAUUUUGUCCGGGAUGCUAAAUGGGAGAGACCCCCUCUGGGUUGGCUUAAGCUUAAUGUUGAUGCAGCCUUGGAUUAUGGUAACAGAAGAAUGGGGCUGGGCUUUGUUUUGAGAGAUGCUGAAGGAACAUUUGUGGCUGCAAAGGAAAUUCCCAUAUCUGGCUUAUUUAAACCCAAGGAAGAUGAAGCUAUAGGAGUAAGGGAGGCUUUAAAGUGGAUUAAGGAUCUCCAAUAUGACUUCAUACAGCUGCAGCUCUACUCCUCUUUUGAUCUCAUCAUUAAUGAUGUUAAGGAAUUAGCUAAAGACUUUUUGAAUAUUAACUUUUUGUUUGCUAAGCGGUCCGCGAACAAGGUUGCCCACUUACUAACUAGGGAGACCUUGUUUAAGUCUGAUUGUUCGGUCUAUUUUUUUAUUCCGUUUCCAUCUAUUGUUUAA